AUGUCUGACUCAGACCUCAUGAAGGGUGGGGGACCGGCCAUCAGGAGCCCCGAAUGCCGUUCGUCUCCGACUCCUCGAAUGGAGUUCCGCAGCUCCUUCAAGGUGGGGGAGCGCUCGCCCAAUGUCACAGAGAAGGUCACACAGGUUCUCUCUUUGGAGUCUGAUGUGCUGCCUGAAUACAAACUCCAGGUACCAGAAACAACAUGUUGGAUCGUGCUUCACUACAGCCCCUUUAAGGCAUUUUGGGACUGGAUUAUUCUCCUUCUGGUCCUCUACACAGCUGUUAUUACUCCUUACUCAGCUGCCUUCCUGUUGGAUGAACAUGGGGAUUUACGCCAAAGGAGUUGUGGCUUCACAUGUAACCCUCUAAAUGUGGCAGAUCUUAUGGUAGACGUGCUGUUUAUUGUGGAUAUAAUCAUAAACCUUCGGACGACCUAUGUGGACCAAAAUGACGAGGUAGUCACACAGCCGAGCCAGAUAGCAAAGCAUUACAUCAAAGGCUGGUUCCCUAUUGAUUUGUUUGCAGCAAUCCCGUUUGACCUUCUCAUUUUCAGAUCAAGCUCGGACGAGAUGGCAACCUUAACAAGCCUCCUGAAAACAGCUCGGCUAUUGCGAUUGGUCCGUGUGGCAAGAAAGCUUGACCGAUAUUCUGAAUAUGGUGCUGCUGUCCUCUUCUUGCUCAUGUGCACCUUUGUACUCAUCGCCCACUGGCUAGCGUGCAUAUGGUAUGCCAUUGGCUUUGUGGAGAGGCCGUACACUGAGACUGGUUGGCUGGACAACCUGGCUGAGCAACUUGGAAAGGCGUACAAUGAAACCGACUCCAGCUCUGGUCCUUCAGUCAAAGACAAGUACGUCACAGCUCUGUACUUCACCCUGAGCAGUUUGACGAGUGUGGGGUUCGGUAAUGUGUCUCCAAACACGAACUCAGAGAAGAUCUUCUCCAUCUGUGUCAUGGUCAUUGGAUCUCUCAUGUACGCCAGCAUAUUUGGCAAUGUAUCUGCCAUAAUCCAGCGGCUGUACACUGGUACAACCCGGUACCACACCCAGAUGCUGAGAGUCAAAGAGUUUAUCCGCUUCCAUCAGAUUCCAGGUAGUCUGCGCCAACGACUAGAGGAGUAUUUCCAGCAUGCAUGGACAUACACAAAUGGAAUAGACAUGAUUGCUGUGUUAAAGGGAUUUCCAGAGUCUCUGCAGGCAGACAUCUGUUUGCACUUGCACCGCUCUCUGCUACAGAACUGCAAGGCUUUCCGAGGAGGCAGCCAAGCAUGUCUCCGUGUCUUAUCUGUGAGAUUCAAGACAGUCCAUGCACCUCCCGGAGAUACUCUGAUUCACUAUGGAGACAUCCUCGACUCUCUCUUUUUCAUCUCACAUGGUUCCAUCCAGGUCACCAGAGAUGAUGUAGUGGUGGCCAUAUUAGAGAAGAAUGACAUCUUUGGUGAGCAUAUCCACCUUUAUGAUGAGCCAGGGAAAUCAAGUUCAGACCUACACACCAUCACCUACUGUGAACUGCACCGCAUCCUUAGGGAUGACCUUCUUGAGGUCCUGGAUAUGUACCCAAGCUUUGCAGACAACUUCUGGAGGAACCUGGAGAUAACCUUUGACCUGAGAGAUGCUGAUCAAGAGCCACCAGUAAUAAUAGCUGAUGAUUCUGGUGAUGACUGUGAAUACCACCACAAACCAAGAUGCAAAAUACACUCACUGGACUGCAGAAAUAGGCCAGAUGGAAUUGAUCACGAAGACUCGUAUCCCCUUCAGGCCUGCCAUCAGUCAUUUUCUCAUGCCUGCUGGGAGGACUGUUGUAGCUGUGGAUCACCAUGUUCGCAGGCAAGUGAGGACUUUGAAAAACCUCUUGCCCAUGGUGCCAAAACAGAGCAUUACUCUGCAGAAGCUGUCAGGCAGGAUUACUCUUCAUCUGCACUACAACUGCACCCCCAAAGUGGCACCUCAGUGGGGAAGGAUGCAGUGUUUGACCGGGGUCCCCAAGCCUCAUCUCUGAAUGUGCCAGGGAUGUAUCAAUACUGGUCAGACAGACAAUCACAGCAGUUUUCCAGUCAUGCCUGGCGAUCACCUUCUGUCCACAACUCAUGCCACCCACCACCAUUCACAGAAGAAAGGCCCAGGGAACUUGAGACACGCCUUGAAAUUUUGCAUUCACAGCUCAACAGACUGGAGACUCGCAUGACAACUGACAUCAGUGUUAUUCUACAGCUUCUCCAGAGGCAGAUGGCCCCUGUACCUCCAGCUUACAGCACUGUAUCAUCUAGUGCUCUCCAUGCUGAUUCCCCUGGUCUGUAUGGGGCUGGAACUCCAGUGCUGCAUAACAUGUAUCCCAUUUCCUCCAUACAAAUGGACAGCCUAGCACAGACACAGACCUCGGCUGAGGCAGACCUUAAGCAGACUAGCAAAUCCCAGGAUUCACUGUCCAGUGGGAUCCACGUGACUGCAGCAUCUGAUGACACCAUGUUCAUGGCUAUCACCCCUGAAACUGACACACAUACUGGGCUAACUCCUCAGCUACCCCAGCCAUCAGUCAAAUCCUCCCUGCUGGACAGUUCCAGGCUGUGUGGUAACCUCCGCUACCCCUCACUACCAGAGAGCCUGGAGAUACAAUCACGAUUGGCAGAAAUCCAGAAACACCUCUCGGAUCCUGUCCUCCCCAUCGUCUGA